GCGUUCAUAUGAUUAAGUUUGUUGUCAUUUUAGAAGGACAAACGUGAAACCGUCAGAACAAUGUCAAGUGGUGAUCAUAAUCAUGUUUCUGCUCAUGACAGUGCUGUAUUGAACAGAAUAUUCAAUCCCAAUUUACCAUACGGCGAUGUUGUGGACGAAGAAGAAGUGGAGAAUGAAACUGAGGAAGAAACUGAUGAAAUUAAAGUCUCAAAGCAACUAGAAAUUGAAGGGGUCCAAGCAGCUGAGAGUGGGGACAUAGAGACAGCAUUAAAUUCAUUCUCCAGGGCCAUUCAAAACACCCCUCAAAGGGCCUCAGGUUAUAAUAAUCGUGCACAGGCUCUCCGGCUAAAGGGAGAUGUCCAGGCUUCUGAUUUGGUCUGUAACUGCCUGCUUCUGAAAGGAGCAAUAAAUCACUGUGACCACUUGGGGAAUUCUUCACUAGCCACACAGAGGUUAACAGUAAUUAAACUACAGGGACUCUAG